CACCACGCUCCCCACUGCCCACUUCCGGUGCCGCCGCCGGAAGCGGAAGGGCGCUCUGCUUUGCUUCCGGUACUGUGGGCGGCAGCGGCGGAAGGAGUGAGGAGGCGUCUGCACGGAGAGUGUUCUGCAGAAAAAGGAUAUGGUGUCCCUUUGAGUUGUGUCUUGUCCAGGAGUGGUUUCCUCUCUGCUGUCAGCAUGGCAAGAUCACUUAGAAAUGUGUGGUCCAGCUUCUUCUGGAUGCAUUCAGUAGCAACAUGCAAGCAGGCCCCACUGCAGAAUGGAGCUGUGUAUCAUGCUUGCCGUAAAUCUACAUACUCAGUUCUCCCUGAAGACUACAAUUGCAAAGUGGAACUUGCAGUGACAUCAGAUUUGAAGACAAUUGUCUGCUACCACCCAUCGCUUGAGAUUCCGUACGAGCAUACAAAACCCAUACCACGGCCAGAUCCGGUGAAUAAUAAAGAAGAAACCCUUGAUCAAGUUUUGAAGUCCAGAUUGAAUGAAAAAGAGCUAAAGAACAACAGAGGUCUUACAAUUGAGGAGCUCAGCAAAAUGUUUUACACAACAAAACAUCGCUGGUAUCCUGUGGGACAGUAUCAUAGAAGACGCAAGAAUCCUAAUCCUCCUAAAGACAGAUAAUUAAGAAACCCUUUUGUUCAUCAGCACUUUGCUGUUAAUCUUUAAUGGAAAUAAAAAUUACAGAAAGUGA